AUGCAAGUUUGGACACAUGAACUUGAUACACAUUUGGAUCAUACAGAAGAUAGAUCACAACUUAUAAAAAUUGAACAACAAGUUCUACAUGAGUACAAUGAAAUAAAAGCAGAUAUUGAAGAAAAUGAAGUCGCUCAUGAUCUUACAUUUACUCGUCCAUUUAGUUCUUAUCUUUUACCAAAAGAUCCAGCACAUUAUGGACGUGAACGUCGUUUAUAUUUAGAACGUCUUGCUCAUGUUUCAACUAUUCCCGAUGUAUCUAUAUUAUCUGAUGAAUUUGAAGAUGAAUUAAACACAUGUUCAUCGACUAAAAGUGAUUAUUCACCAGAAUCUUUACCAUUACUUUUACAAACAUUUUAUUUAAAAAGAUUAUCUUCAUUAACUUAUGCAAAAACUUUACAUGCUGUUCGUUGGAAACGUUUUUGUCGACAACAAAUUGAUUUUGCACAAGUUGAACAACAAUUUAAUGAUAGAUCAGCUAGAAUUCUAGCUGAAUUUAAUGAUGCAUUACAACGAUCACAUAGAUUAAGUUCUAUUAGAGAAACAUUAUUAUUACCAUCUGCUGCUGCAUUAAAAAAUACAAAUCAGGCACUUGUAAAUGAUGACUAUGUUGCUUAUGUUCGUUAUCUUGCUUGUCAUUAUCGUGGACAAAAAUAUUUCGAUCAAUUAAGCGAACUUAUUCGUAUAUCACAUUUAAAAUUUCGUACAUGUCUUUCACAUGAUAAUCAAACUUUAACAAUUAAUCUUCAGCCUCCAGUAUCACCAUUUCAAACAACAACUGCUUUAACUCGUGUACCAACUAUUGAACUUGAUCAAAAACAGACAAUUGAAAGAUUAAAUGUACUUUUUCGUCUUUAUUCAUUACCAUUUGAUACAUCAAAAAUUCGUACACCCGGUGAUGAAAUGGAAUUAUAUGCCAAUAUUAUUCGACAAUAUCGAUUAUUAUUUGCUGAUCAAGAAAAAGAACGUGUUAGUAUAUUAUAUGAAUCAGCAAAACCAAAAUUUAUUUCUCAAGCACGACAAUCACCAAGUUAUAAAUUAAUAAAAAAAGCUUCGUGGAUUAAUUUUAUUAGUUUAAAACCAGAACGUGAUCCACAACGUGAACGUGAUCAUUGGAAAUAUAUUAAAAAUGGCAAAAGUGAUGAAUUAUUAAUGAAAAUAACACAAUUUUUAAAUGUACGAAAUGCUGAUAAAGCAGCAAAUGCUCUUAAACAAUAUUUACUUGCUUUAAAAGCCAAAAAAAGUACUGCAUUAAAACAAGUCAUAGAAAGUACAACAACAACAACAAAUUCAUCAUCUGCAGUUGCUAUGAGUGAUAUUUUUUGGAAAAAUAUUUUUGAUUUAAGUUCAGAAAAUGUAAAUAAUAACGAAGAAGAUAAUGAUAAAGAUAAGAAUGUUAAUGAUGAUUUAGAUGAUUCCUAUGAUUUUAAUGAUACAUCUACUCGUUCUAAUCGUUAUAUGAAACGUGAUGAAUUUAAUUAUUUGGAAACAUUACAAAAACUUGGUCUUGAUGAUCUAUCAAGUCAAACUCGUGAUAAUGAUACAGAAAAUAAUGAUGCAUCAGAAUCCUAUGGUUUACAAUUAUCAUAUUUAACACUUCGAUUACUUCGUAUUCGUACACUUCGUAAUCGUUGUUUAAAUGAAUUCAAUUAUCUUCGUUCAAUCCAACGAACAUUAACUAUUUAUGAACAACGUUUAACAAUAACAACAAAAAGUAAAGAUUUUCAAAUAAUUGAUCAAAAUUUUAAUAAUAAUGUUCCACAUACAUAUUUAUUUGAUACACCACAUGAAUGUACAAUGGAUACAUUGAGUUAUAUGCAAUCAGGUGAACAUAUUGAAAAUGUUGAAGAUUUUUUUCAUGAAAAAAUCAUAGAAAAUGAUGGUUCAAUUAUACAUGUACAAGAUUCAGCUGGUUUACAUAUUAUUUAUGAUUGUGCAUUGGAUGAUAUAAAUGAACUUGAACAAGAAAUUGUUUCUAUCGGAUCAUAUUUUAUUGAAAAAGCUAUAUUAAAAAAUCAAAAAAAUCUUCAAGAUAAUGAAUUUAUUAAAAAAAUGGAUCGUUUUGAAAUACUUUAUAAUUUAUGGGAAUAUGAAUUAAAUUAUUUACAAUAUAAACGUAAAUUAAUCGAUUGUUUUUAUGAAAUUUAUCAACAUACAUUUGAUCAUGAUGAACGUUGUAAUAUAGCUCAAAUCAUUGUUGAUAUUAAUGCACGUCGUCCAAGAAUUGAUUUUCGAAAUGAUGAAUAUUUCUCCCAUUCAUAUUCAUUAGAAAUUCGUUUUCUUGAACAAUAUCUAUCACUCAUACGGGAAUAUUUUAAUCGACAUGUAGCAGAUAUGCGUCAAAUAACUGAGAAUCUUUUUGAUACAACUGAUUUCGGAGCAUAUUUUCCUUCGACACGUUCACAAUCAUCACCGCCAGUUUUUCUAAGUGCAUCAAAAAUUCAUAGUUAUCAUUUAUUUGAAUUUCUUGAAUCACUUUCAUCAUUAACACGUAUACCGCAUGUAUUUAAAAAAUCAUUUAAUGAACUUAUUGAAUUUGAACAAUUACAACGACAAACAAAUCUUUCUUUAACGGAAAAAUUAAUCUAUGAACUCAGUUGCCUGGAAGAUAUAUUAUCAACAUAUAAACAACUUGAUCAACCUGGUUCAAUGUUUUCAAUAAAUCAACAACGUGAUCUAUUUAAUACGUUAUAUAGUGAUCAUCCAACAAUGAUAAGUAAAUUAGCAUAUGAAAUAUUAAAACAAGUUGAUGAAGCUCGAACAACUAAAAAAGAACAAUACGAUAAAUAUUUGAAAUUAAAUACAAAUUUAAUUGAAUUAUUAUCAGUACGGUAUCGAUUAAUACGAUCAGCAAGUGAAUGUGAAUUAUUAACAAUAAUAUAUAAACAACAAUUAGAUACAAUGUCAAUUGAUCAUUCACAUUUAUUUUUACGUUUUAUACAAUUUGAAUUUGCACAAUCAAGAAAUAUACCGAAUAUAGAUACGGAAAAUGAUCAUAUAACAAGUCAAAUAGCUGAUGGUCAAUUAGAUAAAAUAACUGGACAACAACAUAUAACAUUUGCUGUACAAGAACUUGAAGAAAGUUCAAUAGGACGAAUUAAUUUUCGACAAAAAGAUCAAUGGUUAACAUAUAUGAAUGAUGCAGAUGAAACAAUUAAUAAUUUAAAAAUUGCAUUAAAAUUACAACUUAUGCAUAAUCAUUUUGUAUACACCGCUAUUCUUCAACAUCGAAUAGGUAUCAUAUGUAUUACACAACAAUUACAAGCUGCAAAAUCAGAUGAUAAACGACCAGAACAAUCAAAAAUAUCAUCAACUGGAAAACGACAAACUGCAGGUGACUAA